AUGCGUAAAUUGGAGCAAGGGAAUCAUUUGCUGCUCGCUGAGGAAGAAAAUGGCGAACAGGAUCAUCCAAAGGAGCUUACCAUCGAUAACAUUAAGGAUAUGAUGCAAAGUAUUGAGAAGAAUGUAAUUGAUUUGAAAGACGCUCUUGAUGAAGUGUCCUUAGAGAAGGACGUAAAUUCGGAAGAGUUGAUCUCGGAGUUAAGGCUUGCAUUGGAACAGAGUGAGAUGUUAUUGGAAAAGAUUGAAAAUAUUGAGAUUGAAUAUAAGAAAGCCAUUAAAACAGACUCCGUACUUCCGGCAGAUGUUACCGAUCUGGCAGAACAAUUGGGUUUUAUUGUGCCCACACAUUUGACGCGACCUUUGAUGAUGGACGAGUUAACCUCUGCUAAUGAGCCCACACAACCAAACACCAUGGCAGAGAAGGAAGAGCCCAAGAAAAAAGACAAGACAGAGACGUCGGCAGAAUUGGAGGAAUUGAAGGAAACUCUUGAAGGACCCAUUAAUGAAAAUGAUUACAAAUUUGUUUCGUUUGAUGAGUUAGAAAAGUAUUUAGCGGGGCCUCUUUCGUCAGAAUACGAGGGAGAGGAGGACACGUCUAUCAAGACCCCGCAAGUUGACAAAGAGGAGAGGAAUAUACAACCAUCAAAUAAGAAAGAAGAAACAUUCCCUGUAACGCCAGAAUUUUGCAAGGAGCUUCAAAAAGAGGUUCUCAAAAGCAGUGUGAAUGUAAGCAGUAAGGCGUCAUUUCAAUCUCCAGAAUCAAAUGUCUCCAUCUCUCCUAGCAUUCAUAAUGACACAGAAAUUGAAGAAAACAGCUUUUCUUUAACUGAGGAACAACAACAACUUAUUGAAGAACAAGAUGUUAAUCAUUUGCUUAAACAGCUUCAACUGUUCACUCAGGGAUUUGGAUCUGAUUCUCCAAAUAGCACAACUGUUUCAGAUGUGCAUAGAGAAAAACCCGUUUCUUCUCCAUUCUAUCAUCCAAGGACUAUUAAUCCAAACGAAUCCACUCAAAACGCUCAUAUUGAGGACGGGUGUGUUAACAAUGAAAGAUCCAUCGAUGACACUUUGUUGUACAAACAACAGGUUGAAAACCUCGCUCAACAACUUGAAGCUCUCUCUCAAAAACUUGUUGAGUCUGAAAAAGAGAAGGAGUUAUUGCGCAACGCCGUAGAGGAUUUCAAAAAGGGGCGUGAUGAUCUACUUCAAGAGUUGAAUGCCUUACGAGAAAAAGAGAAAAAGUUCAACGUUAUUGCUGAUUCAUUGGGCGAACAUAUUGAAUUUCAACAGGGAACCAUCGAAAAACUCAAAAAUGAAAGAGAUAGCAAAUAUGUAAAGCAGUCAGAACAACUAACUUUAAUUAUUGAAACUUUGAUUAGAAAAGAGAAUACCUUAUUGAACAACAUGGUGGAGCAAUUGCAAAGCGAAGUACUGAAUAGAAAGGUUGUGCUAAACGAAGAAAUGUCAAAGAUUAAGCAACUGGUAUUGCAAUGUUUAGGUUCAGAAGAUGACCAACAUUUAGAGCUCAACGAAAGUGACAUUACUGCGUUCAAUGAAGAGCUGAAUGAACUCGAGGAUGGUCAGUAUGGUGAGCUACAGUAUAACUCUUCAGAUCCAAAUGAUGAGAUUGACAUUGCCGUUGUGAACGCUUUGAAUAACCUCAAAUGCCCUGUUCCUAUUGAAAUUGAGCGAAUUGGACCUGGAGAGUAUUUUUGCGAUCGUAAAAUUGUUGUCAAGCUUGGCCCCAACGGAGAAGCUCUUGUAAAAAACGGAAACAGCUUUUUAACAUUAAGCUCGUAUAUCAAAAGAUUAUAUGCACCGUUCUUUACAACCGAAAAGCAACUUGUAGAGGAAAGCCAUGCGGGAAGGAAUCAGACGGAUGUGCUUCUGCAGAAAAUUGCGAAAACUCGGGAAUUUGUCAGCAAUGUUCAAAAUAAGACAAAUGACACUCUUUCAUUGAACAAUGCAUCGCCACCAAUCUCACCUCGAAGAACAUCUCCUCAACAAUAUCAGCCUUCAGAUAGCGCAAGUGUUUCGAGCUCCUUAAUCAUGGAAGAGCUUUCUCCCCGACAUCAUCAUGUACAACAAGCCCCCAACCAAACCCAGAAAGAAUCAAAACAAGAAAACAGACCAUCGUCAGCACCUCCAAAAAACAACAGGUACAUUUCCAUUCUCCAUCAGGCUGAAAAGAACAAAAAGCUUCGCCCAAUUAAGCCUGCUCCUCAGACAAGACGACCUCCUCCAAAUAGCAUGUUAAAUGACAGACGAAACAGUCCUCUUCCACCCAAUUACGUGAUGAGAAACAACGAUCUCCUUUUUGUAAAGAACCAGACCAGUGCCUAUCACUUUGAGGACUCCCCAAAAAUCAAAAAGCCAAUUACUAAUCCAAAGAAUGCAAUUUCAUCAAUGAAGGUGCAAGGAAAUGUCGCUUCAACUCAGUCAUCCAGUACGAUUUUUGGAGGCGUUGACCUUUCUGACCCCAAACAAUUAGCUAAAAUGAAAAAGGAGGCACUCAAAAUGCAAAUUCGUCAAUUCAGUCACAAAUAA